UACCGUUUCAUCUGACGGCGCGAGAGUUUCGAGUCUCAAAACUGCAAGGCAUUUGCUUCCAUUCAAAGGCGCUUUCUUUUCAUUUGCAUUUCAACUCGGCGACUUUUCACUUUCUCGAGGAUCCUACUGGCAUUCUCGUGUCAUUUUUGUUUAAUUCUUGGACUAUAAACACUUGUUUCCUUCACAAUGCGUCUUCUAGAUUGUGUUCUUUUGUCUUGCUCGCUCGUCCUUGAAUAAGAGAGAAAACCACAAUUUUCAAGAACUCUUGAAUCUGUCCACGCGUGAAAAUGCCUGUACGCCGGGGACACGUCGCUCUCCAGAACACCUAUCUGGACACCAUCAUCAGGAAAUUCGACGGACAAAAUCGUAAAUUCCUGAUUGCCAACGCCCAGAUGAAGAACUGUGGGAUCAUCUACUGCAAUGAGGGCUUCUGCCAGAUGUUUGGUUUCUCACGGGCAGAGAUCAUGCAGCAGUCCUGCAUGUGUCAGUUCCUGGUGGGGCCGGGCACUAUGAAGAGCGCCCUGGCACAGCUGGCACAGGCCCUGCUCGGGUCAGAGGAGCGCAAGGUGGAGAUCCUGUACUACUCUAAGGAAGGGACAUGUAGGCCAUGUUUGGUUGAUGUCGUUCCAGUAAAGAAUGAGGAAGGAGUCGUAAUCAUGUUCAUCCUAAACUUCCAGGAGCUUUUAGACCCGUCCACGAAAAAAGGUGGCAUCAAACAGCGAAUGACACACAGCUGGCUACGGGCAGGUCAGAAACGUAAGAUGAGUCUGCGAAUGCCCUCUCUCCGUGUCAAGCGGCAGCCGUCCCUCUCUAAGGACCACUUUGAGGGAGUGGUGGUGGACUACCUACAGCCCUCUCAUGAGGAGGUGGCUUUGAAAGACCUCCAGAUGUCUCCAGACAGCUGUUUGAAAUCAGAGACCCAGGCCCUGAUUCAGCAGACCCCCUCCACAUGCAGCUUCUCAUCCCCACUCACACGGCCCUCAGACCGGCUAGAGCCCAGCGGACCCCCUCUCAAACACAGCCACUCCAGAGAGAGCGUGCGCAGCCUGCGCCGGGCCUCCUCGCUGCACGACAUCGACGGCAUGAGGGACCAGUGGAGCGAUCUGAAGCCCAGUCACUUGAACUCCACCUCAGACUCUGAUUUGAUGCGGCACCGCAUCCCUCAGGUGACGAUAUCCUUCGGCUCAGACCGUCUCAGACCACCUUCCCCCACAGAGAUCGAGAUCAUAGCGCCCAGCAAGAUUAAAGACCGCACACAGAACGUCUCGGAAAAGGUCACUCAAGUCACGCAGGUACUGUCACUCGGAGCAGAUGUGCUUCCUGAGUACAAGCUUCAAGCUCCACGCAUCCACAAGUGGACCAUCCUCCACUACAGCCCGUUCAAGGCAGUGUGGGACUGGAUCAUCCUGCUCUUGGUGCUCUACACGGCCGUCUUCACGCCCUACUCGGCCGCCUUCCUCCUCAACGAGCAGGAGGACGAGAGGAGGCGCACCUGCGGCUACACCUGCAACCCCCUCAACGUAGUGGACCUGGUGGUGGAUGUCAUGUUCAUAAUCGACAUCCUCAUCAAUUUCAGGACCACUUAUGUCAACCACAACGACGAGGUGGUCAGCAAUCCCACUCGCAUCGCUCAGCACUACUUCAAGGGCUGGUUCCUCAUAGACAUUGUGGCCGCCAUUCCCUUCGACCUGCUCAUUUUCAGAGCAGGUUCAGAUGAGUAUCAAUGUAUUAAAGGCCCCUCUAUCAAGGAUCAAUAUGUAACUGCACUGUACUUCACCUUCAGUAGUUUGACCAGCGUGGGAUUCGGAAACGUCUCUCCCAACACCAACCCUGAGAAGAUUUUUUCCAUUUGUGUCAUGCUCAUUGGCUCCCUGAUGUAUGCCAGUAUCUUUGGCAAUGUGUCAGCUAUAAUUCAGAGGUUGUACUCAGGCACAGCUCGCUAUCACACUCAGAUGCUACGUGUGAAAGAGUUCAUCAGGUUCCAUCAGAUCCCAGGAGGACUUCGACAACGACUAGAAGAGUACUUCCAGCACGCCUGGUCCUACACUAACGGCAUUGACAUGAACGCUGUGUUGAAGGGUUUUCCGGAGUGUCUGCAGGCUGACAUCUGUCUGCAUCUGAACCGCAGUCUGCUGCAGAACUGUAAGGCAUUCCGGGGGGCGAGCAAGGGCUGUCUGCGGGCUCUGGCCAUGCGUUUUAAGACCACUCAUGCCCCACCCGGUGACACUCUGGUGCACAGUGGAGACGUAUUAACUGCACUGUAUUUCAUCUCCCGCGGCUCCAUAGAGAUCCUCCGAGAGGAUGUGGUCGUGGCCAUUUUAGGUAAGAAUGAUAUUUUUGGGGAGCACAUCAGUCUAUAUGCCAGGCCGGGGAAAUCAAGUGCGGACGUGAGGGCUCUGACGUACUGUGACCUGCACAAGAUCCUCAGAGAUGACCUGCUGGAAGUGUUGGACAUGUACCCCGAUUUCUCCGACAGCUUCUGGAGUAACCUAGAGAUCACAUUCAACCUUCGAGAUGCAGACAGAGUCAUGCAUGCAACCCCAAGCGAGGACUCAGACUGUGGGUACCGUCGACUCAGACAUCGGAGGAACCCCUUACAGCGAAAUCGACCUGAUGGGAUGGACCGAGAUGGGAUGGACACGUACCCAGUCCAGUCCUGUUCGCCUGUGGGCAACCACCGGGGGGCAAUACCGCUCUCUCACUGGGAUGAGUUAUGCAGCAAUACCAGUGCUGCUUCCUUGUCCAGUGAGGAGGACAUGAAGCCCCUGGUAUCUGGCCGAGGGGAAAUGUACUCGCCAGGGACAGAGAUGCAAGAAUACUCCCCUUCUGCAGUCAGCCUAAUGCCCCCCGACAACAGCACAGCUUCUGCCAUGGGAGGACCACUGGGAGGGACACAUCCGUGCACAGCGGCUCCUCUGAACGUGUCAGGGUUACACGGCUGUUUGCCUGACCGCAGGACCAGUCAGUACUCAGAGAGUCAGAGAUGCUCCUCUGCAGUGCAGGCCUGCUACCACCAUCACAGCCCCUGUGUUGAGGACAGACCGAGUUGGCUGCAGGCGCGUCUGGAGCUGCUGCAGUCGCAACUCAACAGACUGGAGACCAGGAUGACGGCUGAUAUAAAUGUGAUCCUGCAGUUGCUGCAAAGGCAGAUGGCACCUGUACCCCCUGCCUACAGCGCUGUUUCCCCUGAACUGCUGGCCCACCACGCUCAUCCCACCAGCCUGUACACCUCAGCAACGCACAGCACUAUGCCAUCUUUACAGAUCAAUGACAGUUCAUCACCUGGAAAGAGCCCUGACUUGGACAGCUUCAAAGAGAAGUCUCCAGACUCUUUGUCCAGUGGGAUCCAUCUAACAGUUGCCUCCAAUGACACCAUGUCCAUGUCCCCAGAGACAGAGCUGGCUGUGCCCACAGGACUGAAUCCCCCCGGAGAGCCUCAUCUACAGCCCCCCGGACUGCUGUGUAGAAGCCUGCGCUUCCCUUCGCUCCCGGACAGUCUGUAGAGUCCGAGCACGCUGGAGGGAUCACCAGAAAUCCAGAGGCACCUGUCCGAUCCAGUCUUACCUGGACGCUAGAGGCCAAAAACAGACUACUGUCCGUUCCGAGACGCAUAUGUGCUUUCCCUUUUCAAACAGCUCAAUAUUUCACUUUUGCAAUAAAAUUCAUGCUACUUAGUUAAAAGGGCGUCCAGUAGAGAAACCGGUGACUGUAGAUUUCCCUGAAGCUCUGAGGUGUUUUGUCUCAUAUCCCUUCUCAUUCAGAGCAGGAUUUUUUCCUCUGAUGCGAGAUUAUUUGGUAACACCUCUCGACUUUUGUGUUAUUGAAUAUGAAGAGAAGCACAGUGGGCAAUAAAGACGAAGAGAAGAUACUACAUUAUGAUGACCUUCCACAAUCAUGUAAUAAUUGUACAUUUUUGUCUGUCUGAGAUUUGUCAUUACAUACUAAACCUCAUCUUGUCUUCUUAUGUCCGCUUCUUAUGUCCGGUUGGAUCCUCUGAGGAAAUUACAAUGUAAUGUAUAAUGAAUUGCUUGUGUGUACUGAUAUUGCAAACGUGCAAAAUGUUCUUUUCAGUGUAUAUAUUUUCUAAUGAUAUACUAUUAUAAAUAUAUAUAUUUUUGUGUCAGGUUAGGUGUUUGACCCAAAUCUAAUGUAUUAGCCUAUUACAUCAAAUGACGUUAUGACUGGCACAAAUAUGAAGCUUUGUAUAUUUGGAUUCAUAGUUACCAAAUAGGCAUGAAUUCAGGGUUAUGAAAUGAUAUUUCUCACUCAAGUGGUUAUUUUAACUGCUGAUGGGUGGUGUGACUGUGUGUGUUAAGCUGUGGGAUCUUUUGGAAAUGUGAUCAUUGAAUUUCAAAGAGAAGACUACUCAAUCUUGACGUUCUGAUUGGAGAAACUUUUUGCGAUGAAAUCAGUGUAAAGUUUGGUUUACCUCUGCAACGUAAGUAGAUGAAUGUAUGGAAAAUGAUUGGAAACCUUUAUUGGACUGUGAAGGUUUCCAAAAGCACACACUUAUUAUUUUUUAGAUUAAAUGUUAUUUAUAAAGAAGUGCUAAUGUUGCACUGGGUUUAAGAUA